AAAGGAGCCGGCGUGAGCGGCGAGCCGGGCAGGGAGAGCGGCGGAGGGUGGCGGAGCUGCGGGCGCCGAGAUCGUGCCACGCACCCCGCCCCCCGCGGGGCACCGGGGGCUCGGCCGGGGGACACGCACAAAGACAUGCGAGGAGGGGCCGAGCGAGGCUCGCGCACAAAGACGCCGGGGCGCACGGCAGCUCGGGCUGCACCCACCGCCCCCGCGCCGGCGGGGAGCCCGGGGCCGAGCGCGCGGCGGCGGCGGCGGCGGCGGCGGCGGGCGGGCGCGGGACCCGGGUCGCCCGCGCUCUCCGGGUGACCCGGGCCCGGCCGCAGGCGCGCGCGGGGGGCGGCGGCUCCCGAGCCCAACUUGGCCUCGGCCUCGCCCUCUGCCCAGCCCGCCGGUGUCCCCUCCUUCCCGCGAUUUCGUUUCUUCUCACGCUCCCCCCCCACCCCCUCCCGCGUCCAGCCCCGCUCUCCCCACCUUGUAAAACAAAGCCGGGGAAAAUGCCUGCCCGUGCAGCUCGGAGCGCGCAGCCCGUCUCUGAAUAAGAAGUGAGUACAAUGGCGUGUUUGUAAAAAAAAGCUUCAAGUCCGUCUUUUUCCAAAAAAAACAUUUUGAAUGCUGCAUGCCUCAUGCUUCCCAGCGCCUCGCGGGAGAGACCCGGCUAUAGAGCAGGAGUGGCGGCACCUGACUUGCUGGAUCCUAAAUCUGCCGCUCAGAACUCCAAACCGAGGCUCUCGUUUUCCACGAAACCCACAGUGCUUGCUUCCCGGGUGGAGAGUGACACGACCAUUAAUGUUAUGAAAUGGAAGACGGUCUCCACGAUUUUCCUGGUGGUUGUCCUCUAUCUGAUCAUCGGAGCCACCGUGUUCAAAGCAUUGGAGCAGCCUCAUGAGAUUUCACAGAGGACCACCAUUGUGAUCCAGAAGCAAACAUUCAUAUCCCAGCACUCCUGUGUCAAUUCCACGGAGCUGGACGAACUCAUCCAGCAAAUAGUGGCAGCAAUAAAUGCAGGGAUUAUACCUUUAGGAAACACCUCCAAUCAAAUCAGUCACUGGGAUUUGGGAAGUUCCUUCUUCUUUGCUGGCACUGUUAUUACAACCAUAGGAUUUGGAAACAUCUCACCACGCACAGAAGGCGGGAAAAUAUUCUGUAUCAUCUAUGCCUUACUGGGAAUUCCUCUCUUUGGUUUUCUGCUGGCUGGAGUUGGAGAUCAACUAGGGACCAUAUUUGGAAAAGGAAUUGCCAAAGUGGAAGAUACGUUUAUUAAGUGGAAUGUUAGUCAGACCAAGAUUCGCAUCAUCUCAACAAUUAUAUUUAUCCUAUUUGGCUGCGUCCUCUUUGUGGCUUUGCCUGCGAUCAUAUUCAAGCACAUAGAAGGCUGGAGCGCCCUGGAUGCCAUUUAUUUUGUGGUUAUCACUUUGACAACCAUUGGAUUUGGCGACUACGUUGCAGGUGGAUCUGACAUUGAAUAUCUAGACUUCUAUAAGCCUGUCGUGUGGUUUUGGAUCCUCGUAGGGCUUGCCUACUUUGCUGCUGUCCUGAGCAUGAUUGGAGAUUGGCUUCGAGUAAUAUCUAAAAAGACAAAAGAAGAGGUGGGAGAGUUCAGAGCACACGCUGCUGAGUGGACAGCCAACGUCACCGCAGAAUUCAAAGAAACCAGGAGGCGGCUGAGCGUGGAGAUCUAUGACAAGUUCCAGCGGGCCACCUCCAUUAAGAGGAAGCUCUCGGCAGAACUGGCGGGGAACCACAAUCAGGAGCUGACUCCUUGUAGGAGGACCCUGUCCGUGAACCACCUGACCAGCGAGAGGGACAUCCUGCCUCCCUUACUGAAGACUGAAAGUAUCUAUCUGAACGGUUUGACACCACACUGUGCUGGCGAAGAGAUUGCUGUGAUUGAGAACAUUAAAUAGCCCUCUCUUUGAAGAGCCUUAGGCGUAGCCAUAGGUGAGGACUUCUAUCUGCUCUUUAUGACUGUUGCUGGUAGCAUUUUAAAAAUUGUGCAUGAGCUCAAAAGGGGGAAAAAAAAAUAGAUACACCCAUCAUGGUCAUCUACUACCAUCAAGAGAAUUUGGAAUUCUGAGCCAGCACUGUCUCUCUGAUGAUGCUUGUUGAACGGUCCACUUGCUUUGACCGGUGGAAUGACAAGCAAUGUCUGAUGCCUUUUUGCGCCCAGACUGUUUUCUUCCCUCUUUCCCUAAUGUGCCAUCGGGCCUCAGAAUGAAUUACUAAAUAUCAUUGUUGUUGGUAAUAAUGUAGCUUUGAGGGAUCAGUCCUUAACUUUUCAGGGUCUACCUAACUGAGCCUAGAGACGGACCGUUUAUGGAUGACAACAUUUCUUUUUGUAAAUGGCAAGAAAUUCUUAUGCAGCCUUUUACCUAAGAAAUUUUCUGUCAGUGCCUUAUCUUAGGAAGAAACAGAACCUCUCUAGCUAAUGUGUGGUUUCUCCUUCCCCGCCCCCUACCCCUAGGCUCACCUCUGCAGUCUUUUAUCCCAGGUCUCCCGUUUGAAUACCAUACCUUGCUGGAAACGUGUGUAGAAAUGACUGAAGUGAUGAUGCCCGAAGAAGGAAUAGAUGCCAAAAUUAAACGGACAUUGAAGCAACACUCAGCGUUGCCUAGCGUUACAGGCACUGCAGAGAAAUGAGGUGUAAAGAUGUCCCCUCUGAGUAUUUAUUUGACUCAGGUACCCAUGGUACAUAUACACAAUGUAAUUAUGACCAGGCUGGUAACAUUGGCUGCUCCAAACAUGCCCCUUUUUCCUGGCAGUAUUUGGAAUGAAUCAUUUAUUAACCAUACAUUUGUAAAGGCAGAAAAGAAGAAAAUCCAUAUAUAUAUGGAAAAUCCAUAUAUAUAAAGGAUCUGACAGAAGACAACUGUUAAAAAUGGGUAUUACUGGAGGUGAUUUAAAAUAGUGGGCGUGAAUUACCAAUCUGAUGAAAAGAAAACAGCAAAACAAUAUGUUAUGAAUAUUUGCUAAUAAACAUUAUACUGCCAGCAUCUAUUUGCUUUCUGAUGUAUGAAAGGCUUAUAUAAUUUUCUUUCCUUGGGUAGUUUUUGCCAGAUGAGGGGAGGUGACACAGCAGUGAGCGGAGGGCACAGUUCUAGCCUUCCGUGGGUGACUUUAGCAGCUGUGACUGGUGGUGAGAGCAGAAGUUGAAAUUGGGAUCACUGUGACUUCGCGCGUGGAAAAAUGCAGAUUGCAGGCAUAAUUCAUCUCUGACAUUAGAGAAAAAGCUGUUAUAGCACAAUUUAAAUCUUCAGAGUUUUUUUUUUUUUUUUAGAUAGAAAAGGCUGAUUAUCCUGUUUAGUUUAAUUUUAUAUCUUGUAAUUCUUUGGAUGUUUCCAAGAUUCAAAAAGUUCAGUAAAUGCAUCCCUUAAAUUCCUACCCUUUCCUUUAUUUUCAUACUUACAUCUGCUGUACAUUGUAUAUAUAAUUUUUAAAAUGUAGAAAGAAAAUAAUUUCCAUAAAUAUAAUUGCAAAACUGAUUUCUUUUACUUUUUGUUUGGUGGGGAAGGUAUAUCUGAAUAAGUGGCAUUCAGAUUAGGGUCUUAAAAAAUAAACCCAGGAUGUUUUAAAAAAAAGAACAAACUAAUAGAUGCUUAUUUUCCAAAAUUUAAAUUUAAGCCAGAAAUGUAAAUAUUCAGUUAACUUGUUAAAGGUACUUUUAUAAACUUAAAAAAAAAUUCUAACCAAAAUUUUAGAAAGUCAGGCUCUUUUAGAAAGAAAGCUACACCCAUUUCCUCAAUAACUGUUCUGAAAAUUCAUAUGGUGGAAUGCACCAUGUAUAAACUGUGAAUUGUAUUGACAAAUAAAGUUUGUAAUUAAAGUCA